AAAUAUAGAUCUAGAUCUAGAUCUAUAAUGUGCAAUGGCAAUAUUUGAAGCAAAGGCCUGCAGUAAUCCACAGACUGGUUGUAGGAAGUGAAUGAAAUGAGCCCCGACCGACUCAAGCUUUAAAUAAAAAGCUCUCCUCUCUUUUGUCGAGUAUACCUGUGACAGCAAGCAAGGCUGAAGUAUGCCGAACAACACCACCUCCCUUGUGACAGUUCAUUUUGUCAAGGGAAUACCACCAAAAACUAUUGACACCAGUGAAUAUGAGUACUCAUUAAAAACUUUGCGACAGGAGUGCCUGGAGUAUGUGCAUGAAAAAGUCAGCACGGAUGCGUUUGAAGGCUCAUUAAUUGCUGCAGCAUUUGGUCUGGUGACCUUACCAGAGGAAGAGAUUUGGUUGCCUCCAUGGCACGUGUUCAGCCGCAGUGCUAAGAAACACAUGCACUAUAAGUUUCGUGUGAGGCACCGACCUCCUGUGGCUUGCUACAGCACAGAUAACUUCCUCGGUCGAUACCUGUUUCUUCAGAUUCGAGAGGACUUCCACACUGGCCGUCUUGGUGAAAAUAAAAAUCUCACUGACAGUUCAGUGAUGGCGCUCCUUUCCAUGUCCCUCUACCUUCCACAUCGGUUGCCUUUUGAUGACUUUUGCAUUGUAGACAACAACUACAUUAGCCAAGGUCCUUCUGUCUUCAACAUGAAUAACAAGCUCUCAAAGAGUAUCAGGGAUCGUUUUUUGUCGGUUCCUAUCCUGGACAAAGUGCUCUUGAAAUCGUCUCUUAAGAAGGAAUUUGAAAAACACAAAAUGAGAGGAAAUCCGAUGUCAGAGUACAUGAAGAAGUUGUACGAGGUGCUUGUCAAGGCGCUGCCAGAGUAUUGCUUUGAAAAGUAUGAGGUCUCACGUGAAGCUCAAGACGGAAAAAAGAACGUGACAGUGCAUCUGCGGCUCUACGCAGAUGAGAUUCAUGAUCAGCCAGGAUUAUACUAUGGAACGAAUUUCAAGUGUACUCUCUUGGACAUCGACAGUAUAGAGCUGAAACUCCCAGACAGUGAAAUCACCCCUGAGUGGGAAGUGUGCAUCAUUCUGAGGAACAAAGAGGUCAAAAAACUAAUCUUCACCAGCAAAGAGUCGGCGGAGUCUUUCAUCAGUGGUGUGGAGGGCUAUGUGCAGCUGUGUCAGCGCUAUGAUAUCUGUCUGUUCAUGCCUUGUCGGAUGACUCAUCAGUACAGAGUCUGUUCAGAACUUCACAUUUUUGGACCACUGAGAGAGAGCACUAUCAAGGCCAUUCUGGGGCCAAAAGAGGAAGAUGACAGCCCCAUUCAGAGCCAACAGUUUCUCAUCUGUCAAAGUUCUGUCAAGCUCAACAGUUUCCAAGUGAAAAUUGUGCAGCCCAGAAAUAACGAGUCCAACACAGUUGAUGAGAAGGAAUUGGAGAUCAGGUACGAGGAUGGAGGACGGCUGAGCCUCUGGGAUGGAGAGACUGAACUCUCUCAGUUUGGAAAUUCGCUGGAACUGAGAAUUUAUCUCAAACGGAACUUUAGAAAGCAGAUUCUUCCUAAUAAGGAUGCGCCAGUGGUAGCGGAGAUCAACAGCUGGUACAAGUCUGAAAGUCUAGACUAUUAUAUCUCCACUGAUGACAACACAAGGGACUCUGAUGAGGACAAGGACAAAGCUGAGGGGACCAGCGUCUUUGUUGAAGAGGACAUCAAACUGGUCGCAGAAAUUCCUGACAGGAACCCCUUCGUUUUUAAAGACAAGGUUCAGGUUCAAGUGAGGUCAGGUGCUGAUAUGAAGUUCCUGACGCGGGUGCAAGUGAACUCCGCAAAUACGGAUGUGCUGAGGGGUUUCAGCGAAGGUUUGGUUCGAUGUCACAAGCUGCAUCAGGUGUCGAGGAAGAAUUUUGUGGGCCUAUGCGGAAUGAUUCUCAACACAAGCUCCUCAUCUGUGCUGGUGGAGCAUGCGCCGAGUGGAGACCUGCUCACCUAUCUUAGGGAAGGCGUCAAACUGAGAAUUAAAGUGAACAUCAUGGAACAGAUUGUGCAUGUUCUUCAGGUCAUGGUGGGCAAAAGCCUUUUUCAUGGCAACAUCCGAUGUCGGCGAUUUGUUGUUUUUGACUGCGCAGACUCCGAGUUCGUGCACAUCAAGCUUGGCGAUCCUGGAGUCUCCUCCUACCUUGACAAACUGCCUGUGAAUUCGGAGUUUAACGUUGAGAGGUAUCCAUGGUUGGCUCCGGAGCGUCGCUGCGAAGACGGUAUCUCGGAGCUCACCUAUGAAUCAGAGUGUUUCGCCGUAGGUACGACUUUCUACGAAAUCCUGUGCCGCAACGAUGACUUCUCUAAGCAGCUUGAGCCGCCCAGCAUCGACAAUCCUGAAGCCGUGUACAACUUGCUCAACCAAGGUGAGAACACUGAGCUCCCCAAGCCAGCUUUUCUUCGGGAAUCAGAGGCUAUUAAGCCAGAUUCUCCAUCACCUGACUCGAAAGAGGCCAUGGAACAGAUAUGGCAGCUGAUCCGAGAGUGCUGGAGUCACGACCCCAACGACAGACCCAACACCACCACUCUGAUCACCAGGCUCUUCGAAAUUCGGGAAGAUGUCGGGGUCAUAAAAAAUGAGACGCAAAACGAAGUUCUGAUAAAGCUUCUGUAUGAUGCUGGCGACCACAACGUGAAAGAGAGCUCACGGAUUUCUCAAGACCAUGUUCGCCAGUUUGUGAACAGGAACAAAGAAAUGAUGAUCAGUCAUAACCUAGUGCACAGGAUAGGACCGAAACCCUUGGGAGAGGGUAAUUAUGGAACAGUUUGGGAGGGCACAGUGGAACUUCCUCAUGAGUGCUUGAACCAACUCCCUGAGAGAAGAAAAGUAGCAAUCAAGGAUGUGAAGAAUUUCACUUCCUUGAAAAAUGGCUCCUUCCUCAAAGAAGUUAUUGUUGCUACUGAGUUGCACCAUCCAAAUAUUGUGAAGGUCUUGUACUGCAGCUACAAUCCCAGGGGGCUCCAGUCUGAUAUCAAUACACUCAUCAUGGAGUUUAUGAACCAAGGAACGCUGAGGGAGUUUGCUCAGACGAAAAAACAACCACUGACCACACUCUUGAAGCUCAUCGAUGAUGUUAUUCAGGGUAUGAUCUUCUUGAGUGGCAAGAACAUAGUCCAUCGUGAUCUUGCUGCGAGGAACAUUCUCCUGUGCUAUGACGAGGAGUCUACAUCGCACAUAAAGCUGACCGCAAAGAUUUCCGAUUUCGGACUGUCGAGAGUCAUGGAAAGAAACACUCAGGUUUAUUCUCUCAAGAAAGGAGAGCUGCUGCCCUAUUUCUGGAUGCCCCCUGAACUGUUGGAGUUUUCUACCAGAGGUGAUGUCUGGUCUUUCGGAGUUGUCAUGUGGGAGACCUUCACAGGGGGCAAGCACCCAAGCCAGGCAGUCAGUGAAUCCAAUCAGAGCUCAGAUGCGUAUCACGCGCUCCUUACCAGUGGCUGGCGUCUGCCUCAAAAGAUUGGCAGGGUAGAGAUUGACCCGGACAUCUACUCAGUCAUGAAAGAUCACUGCUGGCAACUGAAUCCUGAGAAGCGCCUCUUCUUUGUCGAGCUACCCGCAAAGAUUCAGACGAUUCAGGCUAAGUUUAUCCAAGCACAGCUUCCCUGUCUGGCGUAACUGCCAACCAGAAAUUUCAUUCGCUUUCUUUAGCUGUGGGUGCCGCAGAAGUCUGGUUUUGUGUCAGAAAAUACAUACGUUCUAUUUUCUAGUAAUGCUCCUCUCAGACUUGCAGUUUCUGAAGAAAAUUUAUGACCAUUCGAGACCAGAUUUUGGAAUAAUAAUGUCAAGGAUGCUGCCCAUUUGUCAGUUGGGGAGAUCUGUACUAAAUAUUUUUGUUACAAGUCGGCUUUGAAUAGCUUGCAUUUAGUGAAUGCAGAAAAGUGUGUGUAAAGUCAGUAGGACAUGUGCAUUUUUCAUUUAUGGUCGGCUAUUACCCCCUUAUCAUCUGUAUAAUAUGUAAUUAUGUGUUUGUUUUUUAGAGCCUCCAAGCAGAGAAAUGACUGUAGAACUGAGAUUGCCUGUGUCUGUUUCAGAUCUGACAAUUUCUGAUGAUGAUCAUCAUUAUUUUUAGUCACCACUAUGAGUGUCAAGAUUUCU